ACAUUUUUUGAGCACCUACCAUGUGCCAGGCAUUGUUUUUAGGUGCUAACCCUAGUCUCAAAUUCUCAUAGAACUUCCAUUAUAAUGGGAGUGAUCAAAAGUCAUCGGGCCAAGAUUUAACAUGUAUGAUUUCAGGUGUGACAAGUGGUGUGAAGAAAAGUAAGGCGGGUGAGUGGUCAGGGGUAGGGAUGAGAGACGGCAGUCAGGAAAGUCUCUCUGAGGAGAUGCCAUCAGAGCCUGCAGAUCUGCGUGAAAUGAGGGAGCAAGCUCCGAAAAGAGCUAGGGAAUAGCAUUCCUAGGAGAGGGAGCUGUACGUGCAAAGGCAUGGAGGCAGGAAGGAGACAGAAGGUUAGCUGUGUGGUUGGGGUAAGCAGGGGAGAGGGAGUGGUGGGAGAUGUAAUUGGAGUGAUGGCCAAAGAUAGAACAGGCAGGGCUUCCAGGGUGAGGUAACUUACACACUUGAAUCUUGUCUCCAGUGAAUUGAGAAACCUUUGGAGGAUUUUGAGCGGGAAAGGGGCCUGAUCUGAUUUCCAUUUUGCAGGCAGCAUCACGCUGUGUGGGAACUAGGUUGUAGGUAGCCAGAGUGAGAGAAGGGAGUCCAACGAGGAGGGGUCCUGUGAGAUGAAGGGGCAGGCCUGACUGCUGGAAGAAAGCCAGGUAUGCAGGAGAGAUCAGGAGGAAGGCCCUCACCAAGAACUCGACCAUGCCGUCACCCUGACCCUGGACUUCCAGCCUCUAGAACUUGAGAAAUAAAUUGUCCUUUAGGCCACCCAGUCUGUGGGAUUUGGAUGGCAGCCGGAGCUGACUAGGACGGGAAACAUCAGAGCUGGAGACUCAGUAUGUAAAGUGGACCAAUGACAAGAGUCUCGGGGGCAUCGAGGGCUGCCUGUCAAAGCUCAAAGCAGCAGAUCCGACCUUUGAUGCUGAUCCUACUUUUCAGAUGAGGAAACCAUGCUUCAGCGAGAGUAAGACAUGUGCCCAAAGCCAUCUAGCUGGUAGGUGAGGGGCUGGGAUCAGCCCAGACCUCUGCAUCACAAGAGAUGGCCGCGGCAGCCUUGGUCAGGGUACAGUGAUGGGCCAUGCCAUCUCUAACGGCCUCGUGCUGAUUGGCACUGGGAGCUCCGUGAGGCUGGACAAAGAGCUGGACCAGGCCGUGAAGACGAUGGUGGAGAUUUCGAAAACGCAGCCACUGACGCGGCGCGAGCAGCUGCACGUCUCUGCGGUGGAGACCUUUGCUGAGGGGAACUUCCCGAAAGCCUGUGAACUAUGGGAACAGAUUCUCCGGGACCACCCGACAGACAUGUUGGCCCUGAAAUUCUCCCACGAUGCCUACUUUUACUUGGGCUACCAGGAGCAGAUGCGAGAUUCUGUCGCUCGAAUUUACCCCUUCUGGACACCUGACAUCCCCCUUAGCAGCUACGUGAAAGGCAUCUAUUCUUUUGGAUUGAUGGAAACCAACUUCUAUGAUCAGGCAGCAAAACUCGCCAGAGAGGCCUUGGCCAUUAACCCGACGGACGCGUGGUCGGUGCACACCAUCGCCCACGUCCACGAGAUGAAGGCAGAGGUCAAGGAGGGGCUGGAGUUCAUGCAGCGCUCAGAGAACCACUGGAAGGACUCUGACAUGCUUGCUUGUCAUAAUUAUUGGCACUGGGCUCUGUAUCUGAUUGAGAAGGGCGAAUACGAGGCCGCGCUGACCAUUUACGAUAACCACAUCCUGCCUAGCCUGCAGGCCAGUGGCGCCAUGCUGGACGUGGUGGACAGCUGCUCCAUGCUCUACCGCCUGCAGAUGGAAGGGGUGUCUGUGGGCCAGCGGUGGCAAGACGUCCUGCCCGUGACGCGGAAGCACAGCCGAGACCACGUCCUGUUGUUCAACGACGCCCACUUCCUGAUGGCGUCCCUGGGUGCACGGGACCCCCAGCCCACACAGGAGCUGCUGGCCACCCUGCGGGACGCCAGCGAGUCCCCGGGGGAGAACUGUCAGCACCGCCUGGCCCGAGACGUGGGGCUGCCCCUGUGCCAGGCCCUGGUGGAGGCUGAGGGCGGGAACCCCGACCGCGUCGUGGAACUGCUCCUGCCCAUCCGCUACCGGAUCGUCCAGAUCGGAGGCAGCAACGCCCAGAGAGAUGUCUUCAACCAGUUGCUGAUUCACGCGGCCUUAAACUGCACCUCCAGCGUCCAUAAGAACGUGGCCCGGAGCCUUCUGAUGGAGCGGGACGCCUUGAAGCCUAACUCGCCCCUGACUGAGCGCCUCAUGCGCAAGGCGGCCACCGUCCACCUCAUGCAGUGAGCCGGCCGCCGCCUCCGCCCCCCGGAACCCCAGCCGUGGCCUCCCCAGCUCCCCUCAGCUGCUGCACAAGCUUAGGGGCAGGAAACAGCCAGGGCCUGUUUGUGAGGCUGCUAGAGGGGGGUCUUCAGCCUUAAGCAGAACCUCCUGAAAGCCAGCAGUUUUACGGGGGGCACACAUUCAUUUUAAAUAUGAUUCAGGAUCCUGUAGUCCUUGUUGGGGACCAAUGUGCAUUUUUAAGCAGUCAGGGCCAGUGGAGGGGCUGCUUUUUCCACUUGGCUUGCAAACUGUUUUCCCAGGGAAACACUUCUACUUCCUGUUGUUCAGAGGUUGCAGGGCAGGGCGGGGGCAGACCCAGCUGGAGGAGGGUCUUCCAGACAAGGCUGUGGAGGAUGCCCAUCCCCCCCCCCCCACAGACACCAGGCUGCCCUUGAGAUAAGCCCUUUCAUUUAGUUUUCCUUAUAUUCUAGACAGGUUCUCUUGUCCCGUCUUUGAGGUUAGGGUACUGAUGUGGGGGAAGUGACUUGUCCAGGGUCACAGCUGGUGGAGGCCCCAUCUUGCUGCCCCCACUGCUCUCCUUACGGAUGAACAAGCACACGGGGCUGCCCCUUCUGCUGUCUCUGAGGGAAGUCUUUGAGCCUCCCUGUGGGGCUUUGGUGGUGCUGAUUUGGACUUGUUUCUCUUUUUAAACGGCACACCAUAAUGAGGCCUCGCAGGUACAUGCUUUGGUCGACUAUGAUUUUAAUCACAUGAAUGUAUGUGCAUUUCUGGGGUGUGAGGAUUGAGCUCACACGGGGCUGUUCUGCUGUGGCAGAAACCAAAGAACUAUGACAUGUGGCUAUAACAGGAUUUGAGCUGGUGUUAUGAACACUGCCUCUGUCUCCUGCUUCCUGUGGUUAACGAGCUCGAGGUCCCUUCUGGACGUGCUGACUCAGUAGUGCUGCUGUCAGCCUUCCCGUGGGGGUGCGGGGUGUUCCAGUGUGAAGAUGUUUUUCAGGUUCCUUUCCUUCAGAAAUUUGGUAGGCGUUCACUGGGGCAGGGAGAGGGCAGGUCUCCUGGGAGGGAGAGGAAGCCUCCAAAUCUAUUGGCUCCCCAAGUUUGCUCAAGCCCAGGUUAAUUCCUGGGAUUAAAAUACUCGGUUCCUUUGA